GUCACGUCAAAGAAUAGUCGCCAGAGUCGCCUGUCAUCGUUCGUUCGUUCGAAUACUUGAAUUUCCUCGACAAAUUCUCUUUAGACACGUGUACUUUACGUAAAUAGAAUUGAAUUUCACAAGUGCUCUUCAAUUUACAUUGUGCAAGCAACAAAACAACAUAGAAAAAGUUCACAAGUCUGUAACUUAUUUGCUAUUGUGUUCGAUAAAAUUCCCGACAGUAUUUUCAUUGUUUACGUGACAAUAAAGCGAUAAAAUGUCCGAGUUUAGGGACUGGUACAACAGUGUCCCGUUCUUUACGCGAUACUGGCUCACCUUCACGAUAGCUCUCAGUCUUAUCGGUAGAUUUGGGCUUAUAAAUUACUACUAUUUUGUGUUGGACUAUUAUCCAUUUAUAAAUCAGUUCCAGAUAUGGAGACCGAUAACUGCAUUGUUCUUCUACCCAAUCGGUCCGUCUACCGGCUUUCACUUCCUGAUCAACUGCUACUUCCUGUACAACUACUCCCAAAGGCUGGAGACGGGCAUGUUUGCCGGGAAACCUGCCGACUACUUCUACAUGCUACUGUUUAACUGGGUGUGCUGCGUUAUCAUCGGUCUUUUGGUCAGCUUGCCUAUUCUAAUGGACCCUAUGGUGUUGUCGGUGCUGUACGUGUGGUGCCAGUUGAACAAGGACGUGAUUGUGUCGUUCUGGUUCGGCACGCGGUUCAAGGCCAUGUACUUGCCGUGGGUGUUGCUGGCUUUCAACCUCGUUAUUAGUGGAGGUGGAGUGAUGGAGCUGCUCGGCAUCCUGAUCGGGCACCUGGCGUUCUUCCUGCUGUUCAAGUACCCGCAGGAGUUCGGAGGACCCGCGCUGUUGACACCUCCAUUCUUCUUGAAACAGAUAUUCCCCGACACGCGGUACGUGGGAGGGUUCGGUACGGCGCCGCAAGCGAGGGUCCCUACCAGGCCGGGGGGCACUGCCUUUGGAGGCCACAACUGGGGACGGGGCCACACUCUCGGCGGAAACUGAAGCCCAUGGACACGGUGCGCGUAAAACUCAACUUGAAAAUAAUAUAGAAUUAUAUCGUUGCUAAUCCUGGCAGACACCAACUUAAUUCUAACGUAGUUUGUCAGUCAAAAUAGUGCCGUCUUUCUCUUGUGAUAUAGUUGCAUAAAAGAGACAGGGUUAGUUUUACAGCUGUCAAAUUAAAUUAAAAUUGAGUUGGUGUCUGACAAAAUUGGCACGAAUGUUGAUGGAAAUUAUCAACAAGAAUUAAUGUUGUAUGCACGCGUAAUAAAAAUGUAUUUUGUUUUUUAUAUACCAAAAGAACUUGCAGUCGAAUUCGAAGUCAUAGUCACUCGUUAUUCGACUUUGAAUUUUAACUUGUAUAUCUUAUAAGACGGUGUCUAUAAUAAUAUUCUUGAUUUGAGGUACAGCUAGGUUCGUGGCUAUAAAGAUAAUAACAGCAUAUCAAAUGUAAUACUCAAAAUCGACCCGCCUUUAGUCGGUUUUUAUUUCAGUUUACCCAGCAUGAAACAAUAUUUUGUACUACUUUUUGUACAAGUUUUAUGUUUGAUGUGCUGUCAAACGUGUGUAACACAAGUGUUUCUUCGUAAUCUGUGACCGUAGCAUACUGCACGUUUACCGCGCUGGACACGAUGAAGUAACGAAUAAAAUGCGCCGCACACGCAAUACGAGCAUCAUGCUACGGAAGCUGAUUAACCGAAUUCCCCUCCAAAUGAAUUCUAUAACUAUUUUAAGUUGAGGGAAUCACACAGCUUGUCCAGUUUAUCAAGACACUGAGUAAAUAAUAACAAAAAGUUUUAUGAAAUGAAAUAAUUCUGACAGCAUCUACAGUAAGGAGCUUGGAGUGUAUUUGUUGUCACUUCACUCCAGAAGGAAAGAAUGGUGAAGGAUGUCUUCGUGGUUUUUUUAAGUAGGUAUCACAUUGUUUAAGAUAAUUUAUGAUAAUAAAUUUGUUGAGUCUGCAGAA